AUGGACGACCAAAGAGACCCUAUACCAAGGGGUGACGGUUCGAACUACCUACGUAACCCAGGAGCGCCCAGGUCACAGGGCCAGGGUAGUUAUCAAGGUGACCCAGGAGAACCCAGGUCACAGGGUCAGGGCUCUUACCUACGUAACCCAGGAGCGCCCAGGUCACAGGGCCAGGGUAGUUAUCAAGACGACCCAGGAGAACCCAGGUCACAGGGUCAGGGUUCUUACCUACGUAACCCAGGAGCGCCCAGGUCACAGGGCCAGGGUAGUUAUCAAGACGACCCAGGAGAACCCAGGUCACAGGGUCAGGGUUCUUACCUACGUAACCCAGGAGCGCCUAGGUCACAAGGCCAGGGUAGUUGUCAGGACGACCCAGGAGCACCCAGGUUACAGGGUCGGGGUCCUAACCACAACCCAGAUGCAGCCAGCCAGGACCAGGGCCACGAUGUAAUUGAUCUUUCUCGGCGGAGCUAUGAUGAAUUUAUUACAAGACGCUCACGGCCAGAGCAUCGCAGCAGUGGACGACGACGACGACAACGACGUAGCUCAACAUCUGAGGACUCUGGUGAGCGUUACCAUGAUUUUGCUAAACGUUCUAGAUUGUCUAGGUUAAGAAGUAAAGAUCACGAUUCCAUGAUUCUUGAUAAGUUUAUGGAUAUUUUAAAACAUGUAAAUGCUUCGGAUAAACCAAGACUUACUUUCAAUUCAAAUGGCAUUCCUGAAUUUGAUCCGAUGUCUAGGGAACAAACUGUAUUAACUUGGCUUACUAAGGUAGAAGAAUGUGCUACUAUCUAUCAAUGGGACGACAGGGAAACGAUUUAUUAUGCUCUUCCUAAAUUGGUAGGCGUUGCCAAAUCCUGGUAUCAGGGCUUGGAUACUGUUUUACAUUCGUGGACUGAAUGGAAGAAGAAACUAAUUGAAUCAUUUCCCUGUCGGGAGGACUAUGCAGAGCUACUCACAGAAAUGUUAUCGAAAAAAGUUCGAUACGGGGAGUCGUUGGAAUACUAUUACUAUGCGAAGAUCAAUUUGUUGAACAGGUGCAAAAUACACGGCAGACAAGCUGUUGAUUGCAUUCUCCACGGCGUAGAGGAUCGUGCAGUAAAGGUAGGUGCUCAAGCAGCCCAAUUCACAGAACCCGAACAAGUAUUGAAAUAUUUCAGAACCGUGAAAGUGGCACCAAAUAGAGAUAGAGAUCGUCCGGACUCUUCCCAACGGUUUCGUCAUAGUGACCAAAGACAACAGCCUCGAGGACCAAACGCAUCGAGAGAAAAUACCAAUAUCAAAUGUUACAAUUGUAACGUAGUCGGUCAUCGUAGUAUAAAAUGUGACAAACCUGCUGUAAAAUGUACUUAUUGCGAGAAAAUGGGACACUUAGCAGAAAACUGCUUCAAAAAAAUGAAUAGAGCACAAGAAAAAUAUGAUGGAAGGGCUAAAGAGCAAGUCGUGAAACAAGUGGCAGAGCUACACAUGGAUGAUGCAAACAACAAGUACAUCCUGGAUAUUAAGGUUAACAAUUCAAUGGUUAAAUGCCAUGUUGACCUAGGCAGUCAAUGUUCACUGAUAAAGAUAAGUACAGCCAGAGAAUUGAACCUUGAUAUUGAAAAGUCUCAGGAUUUGCCAGUAUUGAGAGGCAUAGGAGGGAGUUUGGUAACACCUAUGGGCAUUGUAACGAGUGAGGUUGAAGUUCAGGGCAUUCGUGAAGUGAUUAACUUGUACGUGGUCGAGGACUACGUAAUUCGUCAACCAACUCUGUUGGGGCACUCAUUUACUGAAAACCCAAGCAUAGUAAUAUCCAAGACCCCAAAAGAACUUAUCUUUCAGAGAAUCACGGAUGAAAAGGUGCAUUUGAAAACAAGAAAACGAGUCUCUUUGGCUUGUAACGUGUUAACACCGGUUCCUGUUGAAUCCUCUUCUCUCGUUACCGGCACGGUUCAUGUCAAUGGCUCUUUACGAGGCCCAGAAGGUAAAGAGUAUUAUCUCCUCUCCGGACAUUACGACAUCGACCAAGGUUGUAGUACGGUACUAGUCUUAAAUACAUCCUCGGAAGUCACAACUAUCGACGAGGGCUCCCUUUUAACGCGUGCUAUCUUCAAACAAAGCGAAAAUACUACGCUUAAUUGUUGCAGUAUGUCCUUUAAUGAAGAAGAGGUCGAUGAAGCAAUUAACUGUGGAGCAAACCUGAGCAAUGACGAACGUCUAAAACUUCAACGACUUUUAUCGAACUACGGUGAUUGUUUCUCGAAAGGCCUCGAAGAUCUCGGUUUCACAGAGGCAACCGAAAUGGUUAUCGAGCUUGAAGACUCACAGCCAGUGGUAUAUCGUCCCUACCGGAUGUCGUACGCUGAGAGGAUACUGGUGAGAAAUAUGGUUCGAGAGAUGCUUGAUAAUGGGAUUGUGAGAGAGUCUUCGUCGCCUUAUGCAAGCCCCAUUGUCCUAGUUCAAAAAAAGACUGGGGAGAAGCGACUAUGCGUUGACUACAGGGCGUUAAAUCGCAAAACAAGAAAGGACCAUUACCCUCUUCCCCGAGUCGAAGACCAACUGGACCAACUUGCUGGUAACACUUUAUUCACGUCUCUCGAUCUGGCCUCUGGUUAUUACCAGAUACCUAUUGCAGAAGGGUCUCGUCAUAAAACAGCCUUUGUAACCCCUGACGGACAAUUUGAAUAUAAUAGAAUGCCAUUUGGGCUAGUGAAUGCACCUUCAGUGUUUCAAAGAACAAUCAAUAAAAUUUUGUCCGAAGCCAAAGUAAAAUAUGCUAUCGUUUAUAUGGAUGACAUUUUAAUUCCAGCCAAAGAUGUCUGUGAGGGAUUACAAAGGUUGGAAGAGGUUUUGCAGUUGCUGAAGAAAGGAGGCCUUACAUUGAAAUUAGGCAAAUGCAAUUUCUUUCAAAGCCGGAUCGACUUUCUCGGCUUUGAGGUUAGCGGUGAAGGUAUUCGCCCAGGAACUAAAAAGACCGAUGCUGUUUCGAAAUUUCCGACACCUACUAAUCAGCAUGAAAUAAGACAAUUCCUCGGACUAUCCGGUUUCUUUCGACGUUUCAUCAAAGGCUACGCCCUUAUAGCAUCUCCACUCACCGAUCUAUUACAAAAAGAUUCUAUAUGGGUGUGGGGGGAAACUCAACAACGUGCCUUUGAUAAUAUCAAAACCCUACUAACACGUAGGCCACUUUUAGCAUUAUAUGACCCAAAAGCCGAAACGCAGCUGCACACGGAUGCCAGUAAAAACGGUGUUGCGGGAAUACUCCUGCAAGCCAACGCGGAUGGAAUUUUCCAGCCAGUGUCGUAUUUUAGUCGCAAGACUACACCAGACGAACGCAAACUGCACUCGUAUGAGUUGGAGACAGUCGCAGUUAUAGCCUCUUUGAAUCGUUUCAGAGUGUAUCUGGUUGGGAUACCAUUUAAAAUAUUUACGGACUGCAACGCUCUCAGGUAUACACUGACUAAACGAGACGUUAUUCCACGAGUAGCCCGCUGGUGGGUACAAAUACAGGAAUACGACUGUUCCAUUGAGUAUCGUCCUGGUACACGUAUGGUGCACGCGGAUGCGCUAAGUCGUAACCCCGUUGACGAUAGUGUAUCAGAAUCCCACGUUAUCGACGUGCUUGCCGUGGAAGAAGACCAAGACUGGAUCAUCACCGUCCAAAAUGCAGACGACGAAAUAAAAAUAAUAAAAGAAAUUCUUAGUGAUUCAAAUUCGGAGCAGAUCGCAGAUGUCUGUAAAAAUUAUAAACUUAAAAACGGUCGUGUUUACCGUAUUAUUGGCGACGAACUGAAGUGGUUAGUGCCAAAAAGUGCUCGUUGGCAAAUAGUUCAGAAGAACCACGAUGACGUCGGCCAUUGCGGAUUUGAUAAAACACUCCAGCGAAUCCAGAAACAUUAUUGGUUCGCUAAAAUGCGACGUUUUAUAAAAAAAAUAUGUUGCAUCUUGCCUAGAGUGUGCACACCACAAAACACCUGGUGGUAA